UACACACACACACACACACACACACACACACACGUUUUGACUAUCAUAUAUUCAUUAAAAACAUGGCGAAAUUGAAACAUGCGAUUUGGAAUAUUUCUUCUAAUUUUGUUGCAAAUCGAUAUUUUUCACGUUUAUUAACUUCUCAGUGGUAUAAUACGUCUACAGUCUCGUUAUUAAAUAAAACGUUAAUAGACUCUACAGUGAAAGAUAAAAACGAUAUCAUCAUUACAGAUAGUUGCGUUAAACGUUUAAAGGAAAUUACAGAUGAUAAUGCUUAUUUAAGAGUUACAGUAGAAGGUGGAGGCUGUUCUGGUUUUCAAUAUAAAUUUGAUUUAGAUACAAAUAUAAAUGAAAAUGAUAAAGUAUUUCAAAAGGAUGGUGCAAAAGUUGUUAUAGAUUCAACAUCUUUGGAAUACAUUAAAGGAUCAACAAUAGAAUUUCAUACAGAACUGAUACGUUCUGCAUUUAGAAUUACUAACAAUCCUUUAGCUGAACAAGGUUGUAGUUGUGGUGCUAGUUUUUCUAUUAAAAUAUAAUUUCUGUUUAAAUUCUAUAAAAAA